AUGGCAACUCUGUCUUAUUAUGGUUACCCCGACGAACUCCAGAGCGAGAAAUCUCUUCUCGAUGCUUCAUUCAGUAUCGAAUCAUUGCUCGACGAGUCGGACUCGUCCAAUGGCACAGAGAUAUUGAGCCCAGAAGACUACGCCAAACUCAAGAAACUCCCCGGCAACGAUGUUUGUAUUGACUGCGGUCUACCCGAGUACACGGAAUGGGCUUCUGUGAGCUUUGGGAUCCUCUUUUGUUCCCAGUGUAGUGGGGUUCAUCGGUCGUUAGGGGCAAACUUCUCAGUUGUAAAGUCGAUCACGCGUGACAAAUGGUCCAGGGAAGAAAUGACAAUCAUGAAGAAUGGCGGCAAUGAACGCUUUCAAGCCUAUUUGGACCUGAUAGGAUCUGACUUCACGGCUCUCUCAGCUCAAGAAAGGUACACCAGUCCGGCAGCAAUCGAGUACCGGCACGAGCUCUCAAGGAUUGCAGAAUUGGAGUCUUCCUUUUCGAUAUUGCCCCACGAUUUCCGCCAAGAGGAUAUCACAGGCAGGAAUAUCCAAUGCGCACAUACUCUCAGUGUGCGUCGCAAGGGCAGUGAAGCCCCACUCGAUGCUUCUCUUCCAAAACUGGAUAGCAAAUCCCACUACGAAAUCUCACUUCUUGGUGACCUUGAUGGUAAUGACAGCGGGUCCUUCUUCAACGAAUUGGCGGGAGGUGCAGAAGAGUCGUCGUCCCUCGAAUCUCCGAAAAGCGAUAAGAUCGAGCAUCUCCUUCGGAAUGCAGAACCACAGGGCUGGUUCCCAAGCUUGGCCUCGCGAAGUCGUGCUAACACGGAGGAUAGUAAUUCUAGCUUUGUUUCCCGAAGUCGAAGCAACACGGGAGAAGGCACGAACGCAAUGCUGGCUUGUGAGAAUGCUGAGAACACUCGUCCGGUACUAUCGGCAUCCGAUUCAGUGCGUUCUCUGAUGGGACUAAUGGGUUUGGUGCGAAAUCCCUCCCUGGAGCCGGAGGUGUCUGCAAAGGUUCAUCAGUGUCUAGAACAAGACAUGGAAAAGCAAUCUGAAAGAUACCAACGAAAAGCAUCAUCGACAGCUCCAACUGUGACCUACCUGGGCCGCCAGUACGAUGCGGAGGCUCGAACUGAAACACGUGCGCCGCUCUCUCCCAAACCAACUCACCAGAUGCAAGGCGCGCAUGUUUCUCCAAGGCCAACUCCCAAAAAGAAGGUAAUCCAUAGCACCCCAAGACGGACAAAAUCAGGCACCAACAGGCUGCUUAAGAAAACAAUUGGGAAGACUCCACAUGAGCGAUCUACGUCGUCUGACGGAGAGGGUACUCCUUCGUUCGCAAGAGCCAUGGGCCUCGGCUGGUCUUCCUUGUCGCUUCUUGACACAGAAGACAGCGAAGACAGUGAGGACCAUAUGGAUUACCUUAGGGAUCUCAACGACUCGUCUUUCUCGACCUUGAAGGCUGCAUUGCGAAACCAAGGUGUAGUGACGAGCAUGGGCUUGAAUGAAAAGGUCCAUAAGGUCGCGGCCUCGUGUGGUCUUCAGCCCGAGAACCCAGUUCUGCAGGCCGCCAUGCAGCCCUUGUCCUCCGUCGAACCACAGCCGAUUUGA